UGAAGAACACACUGGGACACAUCCACAAAAAUCUUUCAAAUAGAUCAGUGUUCGUCUCAUAAUUUGCACACAAUGAUAUUACUUUUAAAAUCAUAACGCUGUGUUGUCCAAAUUGCCAACUGAAUUUACCACGGAAAUCAUCUUCAUUUCCCGGUUGGUGUGGACCCAGUGUGAAAAUGAGCUCUCGGAACACAAAGAAAGCUCCAGAUGGUGGAUGGGGUUGGGCCAUUGUGUUUGCCUCUUUCAUGGGGCAGCUCCUGGCCUACGGCUCGCCCCAGUCUGUGGGUGUGCUUUACCCAGAGUGGCUCAACACCUUCCAGGACGGCAAAGGCAUGACAGCAUGGGUCGGCUCGCUUGUGUCUGGGGUUGGACUCAUUGCUAGCCCCAUCUGCAGUGCCUGUGUAGUGAACUUUGGGGCCAGACCUGUGACCAUCUUCAGCGGGGUUAUGGUGUCUGGUGGGCUUAUGCUCAGUGCUUUUGCACCCAACGUUCAGUUUCUUAUAUUCUCCUAUGGGAUAGUUGUUGGACUAGGCUGUGGACUUGUUUAUGCUGCUACUGUUACUAUCAUCUGCCAGUAUUUCGACGUCAGACGUGGUCUUGCUCUUGGCAUUGUAACAACAGGUACAAGUAUCGGAGGUUUUCUUUAUGCCACUGUGCAGAACGAGUUAAUUGCACUCUUUGGACUCGACGGCUGCCUUUUGCUUAUUGGUUGUUUUGCACUAAACAUCAUUGCGUGUGCUGGACUCAUGAGACCAUUGCAUCUACCUGCCUACUACCUCAAACAGAGAGCAGCACUGGCCGAGAAGGCUGAGGAGAAGGUUCUGGAAAAGGCCCCUGUCGUGGAGGACCCUACCAAGAAGAAUCAGCCCUUCACCAACGUGCUCAUCACAGGAGAAAUUAAAAAGUCUCCAGCUUAUGAGAGGAGCCUCCAUGCGGCAUUGGUGCAGCUCCUGAAAAAGAAACAGAAUGAGUAUUCUGAAUACUUGCACUCGACAUGUGUACUGCUUCAGAACAGGGUCUUCUCCGCCAUGUGCGUGUCUUUGUUCCUCUACUGCCUGGGAGCAUAUACCCCGCUUCUCUUCCUGGAGGAUCUGGCCCAAAGUGAGGGUCUGAUCGAUGGUAUCAGCACCAUCCCUCUGGUCUCAAUCAUGUCCAUUGCGGCUGGAGUGGGGAAGCUUCUGCUGGGUAUCACCAUGGACAUCUGCUGGAUUAACAGCAUCUUUCUCUACGCCCUCACUCUGCUGGGCAGCGGGGUGGGUCUUCUCGUGAUCCCCAUCACCAAGAACUAUGCUGGGCUGCAGGUCAUCUCAGCAGUGCUGGGAUUUUUUUCCGGGAACUGGUCCGUCAUACCGUACAUGACCACUAAGGUUGUAGGAAUGGAUCGUCUGACAGAGGCAUAUGGGAUCUUGAUGUUCUUCGGUGGAUUUAGUAUAAUGCUUGGACCACCAGUCGCAGGCUGGAUUUACGACUGGAUGCACUCUUAUGACCUGGCUUUCUACUUCAGUGGAAGCUUCGCGUUGCUGGGAGGAGCUGGUCUUUUCCUGUCCGCCUUGUCUUGCUGUAACAAAAACGAGGAUGAAACCAACACACUAAACGAAGAAUACACUGACGAAUGUGAUGCAGUGGCUACUGUGGCCUAAACACAUGACUAAGUGUUUUUUAUGUUGACAACUUAUUGUCACACUCUGUAUAUACAUAAAAAGCAGAUGCUCGCUUUUUAUGAUUAUUUUUAUUAUGGGAUUUUUACCUUGAUUCAGACAGAUAUGUGACAGGAAAUGAUGAGAGUCAUUGGGAAAUGACUUGAGCUGGAUUCAAACCUAAGCACCACAAUGCCACACAUCAGAGCAUGUGCACUACUCUAUCACUGACCCGUAAGUGUACUUUUACAGAGCACGCUACACUGAAGAAAACUAGCAAAUAAAAUAAGGAUUGUCUUUACUGAUUAGUCACGGCCUUGUUUUCAGAGGCCUCUGCAUACAAAAAUGGGUUGUACUUUAUUUACACUUAUUUUACAGUGCGUGUACUUUCAAUAGACUUUCAGUGUACUUACAAAAGAAAGUACUGAGUAAUAUUAGGUAACUACAUGUCCUUAAUAUGGGUUGAGGUUAGGGUUGGGUUCAGGGUUAGUACCUAGUAAUUAGUUGUUGUAAUUAUAUAGUAAGUAAAUGUAGAACAGUACUGUCAAAUAAAGUGCUACCCAAAAAUGUUUACUGCAAAGACUGUAAGGUGUCUUGAAAUAUGUGCAGUGCUUUGAAGUAGUAUUUGUCCCCUUCCAAAUUUCUUCUAUUUUUGUGUAUUUUACAUACUACUUUUUAAUCUUCAAACGAGAUAUAACAUAAAACAAAGGCAACCUAAGUAAACACAAAAUACAGUUUUCAAAUAUAUAUAUAUUAUAUUUUUUUAUUGAUGCAAAAACAUUAUCCAACACCUAUAUCACCCAUGUGAAAACAAACUGCCCCCUUAAACUUAAUAGCUGGUUGUGCCACCUUUAGCAGAAACAAUUGCAGCAGCAACAAACGCUGGAAUUUUGAAAGGUUAAGCCACUUCUGGAAAGGUUCACUACUGUGCCAAGUUUUCGCCAUUUGGAGAUAAUGGCUCUCGCUGUGUUUUUUUGGAGUCACAGAGCCUUUGUAAUCACUUUGUAACCCGUCCCAGACUGAUGUAUUUCAAUCACCAUUUUCCUUAUCAUUUCAUUUCUUUUCUUUCCCCCUGUAAAGUGUGCUACUGCGUGAGACCUUUUAGCCAACUUCAUGUUGCUGGAAAAAGUUAUAUUUAGGUGUUGAUUUGAUUGAACAGGGUUGGCAGUAAUCAGGCAUGGGUGUGUCUAGUCCUGCGGAACCCCAUUAUGAAUGCAGUUUCGUAGAUUUUGUGGAUUUAGUAACUGGGGGGGGGGGGCAAAUACAUUUUCACACAUGCCCAGUUGUUAUUGAAUAACUUUUUAUUUUGUGUUUACUCAGAUUGCCUUUAUGUUAGAUUUCGUUAGAAUUUUUGGAAAUAAUUUAGAAUGAGAUAUAUGCAAAAACAGAAGAAAUCAGGUUGAAGCAAAUUGUUUUUCACAGCACUGUAGAAAGUGUGUCCUGUGAGGUUCAAUCUUCACUGCCAUUUGCCAUUAACUUAAGGCCACGUCCACACUAACACGUUUUAGUUCGAAAGGGUGUUCAUUUUGCUAUGUUUACGCCUCUUAUCCACACUGGAACGGCAUUUUCCAACAGCGAAAAUGUCACCGUUACAUACAGUAUGUAACAGGACGAUUGCUAUGGGAAACAAGUAUGUGGGACCUCGUGGUACACAUACUGGUUUCCCAUAGCGUCAGCUCGACGCAGCGUCAAAGUGAACUACGAAAGGAGACUUAUGAAAAAGAUCUCACAACUGUAUAUUUUGGAAACUAUUUCAAACAAAAACGGAUUAAUGUGGAUAUGGCCAACAUAGUUUGAGAGAUGGUUGUAUUAUAUUUUUGUAAAGACAUGCAACACUACACUACAAACAAAUGUAUUUAUUUUUAUUAGUUUUUAAUAAUGUCACACCCUGAAAAGCAUUCUGCAGUAUUUGGGCAGGUGAGAAAUUUGUUGUGGGUGUUUUUGAUGUAUUUAUUUGUUUAAAUUUUUGUCUUUGUGAAAUGCUGUACCUGAUGGGUAAAACUAUUUAUACGGGUUAGGCAAGUACAGCAGUAUACUACUGUGCUUUUGUUAUUGAGGGCACAUUGGAUGUUUUUGCCUUGUUAUAAAAUAAAUCACAUUACAGGGUAAACAGUGUAAAGUGACAGAUUUGAGAAAGUUGUUUUUGUUUUGUGACAGACAGUUUUGAGUAACUUUAAAAAACAUGCAAUUUAAGCAAUAUGAUUUUGAGAUUUUUUAUUAUCAUUUGUAUACUGUACUGUUUGAAAUACAUGCUCUUAUUGACUGUUUUUACACAAUUUGCAUCAGGUUGUGUAUGUUUGUAUUUGUACUGCUUUCUGUUUGUUUGUUUUUCGAGUUAAAUUGACCUGACAAGACAUUGUUACAUUGAUAUCAUAAGUUUUUAUUAUAUUCAUAUUCUACAGUGUAGGAAGGAUUUAAAGGUGGGAUGGGACACAUUAAUCCAUGGGUCUUCUGGAAGUUUACACAAAGGAAAUGUAACUAUAACUUAAAGGGAUAGUUCACCCAAAAAAUUUAAACUCAUAAUUUACUCACCCUCAUGCCAUUCCAGAUAUGUAUGACUUUAUUUCUUCUGCUGAACACAAGAUUUGUAGAAUAAUAUCUCAGCUCUGUAGGCUCAUACAAUGCAAGUGAAUGGUGAUCAGACAUUUGAAGCUCCAAAAAGGAGAUAAAGUCAGCAUCAAGGCAAUCCAUACAACCCCAGUGGUUUAAUCAAUGUCUUCAGAAGCAAUACAGUUGGUUUUGGGUGAGAACACACCAAAGCAAACUCCUAUUUCACUGGACUCCUUCCUAUUACAGUCUCUUGGCACAAUCAUGAUUUCAAGCUCAAUUACACUUCCUAGUGCUUGAAGAAUGCACAGAGCACUAGAUGGUGCUAGAGGAAGUGUAAUCGAGCUUGAAAUCAUGAUCAACAAGGAGACUGGUGUAAAGAUGUACAGUGAAAAAAUAGUUAUAUUUCGGUUUGUUCUCACCCAAAACCAACUGUAUCACUUCAGAAGACAUUGGUUAAACCAUUGGAGUUUAUGCUGACUUGAUCUGAUUUUUGGAGCUUCAAUGGCCUAGCCACCAUCCACAAAGCUGAGAUGUUCUACCAAAAAUCUUUGUGUUCAGCAGAAGAAAGAAAGUCAUACACAUCUGGGAUGGCUUGAGGGUGAGUAAAUUCAUAAAAUUUUUUGGGUGAACUAACCCUUUAAAAAUGCAACUGCAGGUGAAACUCGAAAAAUUAGAAUAUCGUGCAAAAGUUCAUUAAUUUCAGUAAUUCAACUUAAAAGGUGAAACUAAUAUAUUAUAUAGACUCAUUACAAACAAAGUAAGAUAUUUCAAGCCUUUAUUUGAUAUCAUUUUGAUGAUUAUGGCUUACAGCUUAUGAAAACCCCAAAUACAGAAUCUCAGAAAAUUAGAAGCCAUGGGCACUGCCUCAGUGUGAUCGCUGCCCUGACAUGUGAGGCAGUGCCCAUGGCUGUCAGAAGCGGAGAGUUAAUGACCGCGUCCAGGAAUCACACAAACGCGGAAAGGCAUCUUUAUAAAGAUGCAUCUUUAAAAAGACGUUUGACGUCAAUGUGUAGGCUCUAAUAGAGAAAAUAUACUCUUUAGCAGGAAUAUACCCUCUUUUAGCACUGUCGAAGCGCCCAGGGGCGAAAAGAGAGAAAGACACCGUAUAUCCAACAGCAUACACUUCUUAAGAGGUGAAUGGAACAGCAAUAGUAUUCAGCUCACUGAUAGUACAACCGUUUGGCUCCAAAGAAAAAAUUUGAAUGGAAUUGCGUUCCAGCUCCUUUUAUACCUGUAUGUCUGUGGGAGUGGCAUGCAAAUUCCACUCCCCAAUUCUCAUUGGCCUUUUCUCAAAGAAAGGGAGGUGUUCGGGGCUCUCAAGAGCGACCCCUAGUGUCACUAUAUCGACACAAUGUUCAGUGAGUGACAGAAGGGGAACUGUAGAUUGAUAUGAUUAAUAAGUAUCAAAGUGACUGCUGGAUUCAGUUAAAUUAAAGUUAACAUUUGUAAUGUCAGCACCAUCUAAGGCCAUACUUGUGUGGGCACUUUUAUGUUCCAUAAGAUGAUUUGUACUAAAACUAACAGCUUUAUUACCAUUUAUUAUUUUUGUUAAAUUAAGGUCACAUUAAAACUGACUUGGAAUCUUCUUGGAAACAUCUUUACCUAUUAAUUUACUACUUUUCAAAUGACUUUUAUGUAUUGAUUGUAUUGUUUUACUCUUGUUACAGACACAUACUUUCAAUAUUAAACUGUGAA